GUCGGCUUAGAUGGCUCAAUUUCUUGAGCUUGAUCUUGGGGAAGGGCUGGAAACAAGCAACCCUGGGUCUUAGCACACCUGUGCCCCUCCUAGCAUCUAGCACAGCACCUAGCUGGUGCUGUGAUCAGCCUCAGGACACUGCCAGGACCUGUGCCUUCUCACCACGAUGAAUUCACUGGUUUCUUGGCAGCUGAUGCUUUUCCUCUGUGCCUCCUCCUUCAGGGAGACAUUUGAAAAGAUGGCACCCAUGGAGAAUCCUAGACCGACAGGCCAGCGGCUCGGACCCCAGGUCCUCCUGGCCCCCUGGGAGCAGAGCCCGCGCUGCGCAGACAGGAAGCCCGCCGGGGCCCGGCCCAGCCCGCGGGAGGCCUCGCUGUGCCCGCCUCCCAAGAGCCCCGCGGGGCCCCAGCAGCCAGGACUGUGCGCCCCCCGCAGCCGCCUGAUGCCCGCCCCCCGGGGCGCGGUGCUGGUGCCGCGGGAAAGGGACCUGUCCGCCUACAACUGGAACUCCUUCGGCCUGCGCUACGGCAAGCGGCAGACUGCGCCUCCCGCAAGGCUCCGCGGCGGCGCCGGGCGUGGCUGA